CUUCAGUCUCAUUUUCCACUUCGAUCAGAACGUACACCAAAAAUAAAAUCGCCUCACUACUCUAGCUUCCGGAUUUUCACUAUUCUUUUGCUUUCUUUAUGUGAUCAUCAAUACACAAAUAUUUUCAAUUCAGUUUCUGCCGCAGUUUGCAAGUUCACUUAACGAUAUACGAGUAUAUACAAAAAUAGGGAUACGAUGUCCACACUGCGACGAUCACAUGGCGGUGGUCGUGAUUUUCUGCAAGAGAACAAGCUGAAUGUGACCAGGAUGGAGACCAAUGGCCGGUGCCUGGCUGCGGCCAAUGCCCGUCGUGUGCCCCUGUGGCGUCCAGUGGUCCUCCACUACUCGGAGAAGGUGCGUCCCCAUGUCCAUAGCAGCCACCCGCGUCGUUCACGUCCGUUGCACGGUGCCCACGAGUCUCCACGUCUGCGAAGCGGUCUUGCCCAGCCAUAUGGAUUCCACAACGAGGUGCGCCGCCGGCUGCCACCGAAUCCCUGUGGUUGCGAUGUGUCCACACGUAAGACGGCGGAGCGUAAGGAGCAGGAGCGCCUGCAGGGCGGCUGGGAGGAUCAGCAGGUGAAGCCGCCAAGGAAAUGCUGCACCGGUUGCAACUGCCUUCACGGCUACCCAAAUACCAAUCCAACUGAUCAGGGUCACCAGGCGGAGGCGGUGUCACAGCAUCUGGGUCACCAGUCGGAAAUGGAUGGCCCAAUGCCAGCCAAACAGGGCGAAGGUGAUCAGGCCGAUCGCGUUUCGAUAUGCUCUCGCAUGUCCCGAGUAUCCCGGGCGUCUCGUCGCUCCCAGGCAAAGUCCACCCAGGGCGAGGGAACCAACGAUGCCGAGGCACCAUUGAGUGCGCGCAGCGGUGCCUCCGCCAAGACGCUCAAGUCCAAGCGCUCCGUUUCCCAGGAGAGCGUACGCUCGAGUGCCACCAUCAAGUCGAACAUCACGGUGGCCUCCAGGAGCACCACGGCCUCGAAGCGAUCUCACGUCAGUCGCAAGUCGCAGCUAAUGGAGGUGAUGCCGCCACCAACCCAUUUGGAGGAUCAGAGGCCCAAGGAGAAGGAGAGGGAGAAGCAGAGGGAGAGGGAGAAGGUGCCCACCGCCAUCGAAGGCUACACCCCGUUGACCGCCAGCGAGCGACAGGCGGCUCUGCAGGAUGCGCACAUCAAGUACAGCAAGCUGGUGGAGGAGUACAAUCACAUGCCCGUUUCGGAGCCAACUCUGCGCGUGCGCAAUCGGAAGAUCGCCAUCGAACGGCAGCUGGACGAGCUGGACUAUGCCAUCAAUAUGUUUGACCAGCCCCACAUGGACAUGUAUUACAAGAAGUGAUGGAUCACAGUGCACGUUACGCGUUUCACAGAUUGUUUGCCCAUUUCCAAAUUUAGUUGUUUGUGCCACAACACUGAAAGCAAGUGAUUCAGAUCGAUUGGAUAAUUCGGAAUGGAAUUGCUACUAAAUGAAGCAUUAAAAUUGAACAUGACUAUGGUCAAUUGCAGCAGAAACCAAGUUCUUCAAGAAGUUAAAAAUAUCAAAUACUAACAAAAAAAUCGUUUUGCCUCGCAAAAACUAGGAAAUGAAACUAUUAAAUGAAAUGAAACUAUGAAAUAAAAUGAAACUAUAAUAUGAAAUUAAGGAAAUAAAGCAGUUUAAAGAAGCAGAAAGUAAAGCCAAGGUAAAUGGAAUGGGAUAGUUUGAAAAUCAAAUACAAAAUAAACUUUAGAGCAAUUAA